ACAUUCAGACGAUAAAAUCAGUCAGCUGAUUGUUGUGUUAUUGAUAACGAACGUUACCUGUCAAAUAAUCUAAAAUCUAUCAAAAUCCCGACCAGACAAACCAAACUCUGUCAAACAGUGUGAAUUGAAUUUGUUGCUACAAUAACAAAUACUUAAUUAAAAUUUAUAUUUAUUGAUUAUCAUCCAAAUUAGUGUAAAAAACUCAACAUUAUGAGUGACGAUCUCGACUUUUUGUUCAAACCAAUAGUAUUGAUAACCGGGUUUGGUCCUUACUUGAACCACCCGGUGAAUGCUAGCUGGGAAGCAGUGAAAAUAAUGAACAAAGAGGCAAUUGAGAAGAAACAUAAUGUAGAGUUUGUUCAAAUAGAGCUGCCAGUAACUUACGAGAACGUGGACGAAUUCGUUCCUGCGCUCUGGGAAACACAUACACCAAAGCUAAUGAUACAUGUAGGAGUAUCAAGCAAGGGUCAGUGCUUGCAGCUAGAAUCCCAAGCACAUAGAAAAGGUUACAAGAAGAAGGACUAUUUAGACAAACUACCAGCAAACUGGUCAUGUCUAGCUGAUGGAGCAAUCAGAUUACACACCAAACUGGAUGUGGAACGAAUCUGCAAGGAGUUUAAUGGUGACAACUCACCUCAAGAGAGGUACAGAGCUGAAGUAUCAUUGGAUGCUGGACGGUAUCUCUGCGAGUACAUCUACUAUACGUCGCUAAGUAUAGACAGCAGCCGCACUCUCUUCGUGCACGUACCGGUCAUGGACAUCUACUCGCCCGAGGAGACCGCCAGUGGUCUCGAACGGAUACUGGACCUCUGUCUCACACAAAUCAACGAGAGAGGAGACUCCACCGAUCAGGUGACAGAACAAUUGAAGAACACUAAAGUAGUUGAUAGUAAUGACAUAUAAUGUACGUAGAUAAGUAUUUACUUAUCAAUAUUAUAUUAUUAUGAAUAUAAUUAUAUCUAUACAUAUUUAUAUAAACUGUAUUAUUAGUUUGUAAGAUAAAAUAGUUUCGUUUAAGUACCUAUUACACAUGGGUUCAGUUUUAUCUUAUAUAUUACAACAGGAUCUAAGAUUAAAAUAAAGAAGGUACGUAAUUACAUAGCAGUUACCUACAGUAAUGUACGCGUAGAGUAGGUAUUACCUAUAUUAAUUCCAUUACUAGUAAAACGUAAGUACAGUACCUACUUGGUUAAAAACUAGUGUAUUAGAUAAUUAGUAAACACAUAAGUGCCUAUGGCCUAAAUACUAUACUAAUAGGAACCUACUUGGGUAAUUUCCUCAAAUAUAAUCAACAAUACGAUUAUACAGGAAUAUUGCCUAUAUUACCUACCUAUGUAUGACAAAAAUAUUGUAAACACAUGUUCAUUGUAAACACUCUUCAUCUCAGCAUUCCUUUGAAAAUGAAAUAAAUAGUGCUGAAUUCCAAUAGGUAGCAGAUAUAUUUUGUUGAAUAAUUUAUAAGACUAUUUUGUUAUAAGUUAUAAUUAAUUAAAUGUUCCGUGUUACAA